CUCCCUUCGGUCACGACGGGAAUGAUUCAGGAAUAUGUGCCUUCUCAUCGCGGCCCCCCGAGGCAUUGGUAGGAGGUGCGUGUUUUGCCAAUUCACAGUCUGAGACCGUUUCGGAUUAUUCAGGUGAGAGAAAGAGGGAGCCAAAAGAUGAAUGCCAAUGGAUGAAUACACAGCGAAUCCAUCAUAUUUGCCCAUUGAUACGUACACAGCCUCUUCUGUGGGCAGAUAAGGAUGCCCCGCUGGUGGAGAUCAGCUGAUCUUGCCGCCUUCUGCCUUAUUUUGGUUCUUGCAAUCAGCUGUGCGCGAGGGUAGGUUCAUCAGUCACACAACACGAUAGUGAACUCAUGGGUCUGCGUCCACCAUGUGUUCAGGUUUGAAUGGACUCCUGCUCUGAUCGAUGAGUGUUUGGCCGAUGUCAGUGUGACGAGGACAACUUGUGCUGGGCUGACUCUGGGCAGUGGCGAGAAGGUGCUAAGGGAUUACACGCGGCGACGGCGGGAACAAAUAUGUAUGUAUACGUCGUUUGUCUGCGCUUUUCAGGUGACGUUUGAUCCGACUUGUGAGAUAGGCAUCUCAGGUCUGAUGCAUAGAUGCGGCUGUGUUCAUACGUACAUCCAUCCGCCAUCUGUUUGUGCCUGUGCAGGGUGUAACGUCCAGGGCAAUCUAUGCUGUCGAGUGAGCAGUGCACAUGCACACUGACAGGCAUGCAUGGACGUGAUUUCAUAUGCAGUAUUGUGGUUUUGGCGAAUAUGCGGACACCAGCUGCUUGGAAGAGGUGCAGCCCCACUGCAACGCAAGUACGUAUACACACAGCCAGACACACACGAAGGAGCACACGUGUACAUACGAUAUGUCCAGGCUGCUAUCAGUACGAUUUCGCGUACACAUACGCCAGCGACGCGUCGAGUCCCAGAAAGCUGGCAUCAUUCUUUCUCACGUCUGUCGGCCAGCCGAUGGCACCCGCACUCGCAGCCUGCCAGCAAUACUGUAGGCACGCAAACACACAUACGUAUGUACAUACCUCACGAUACAUGCAUACAUAGGCGCAUACAUACAUCGACAGAUGGAUGGCUGUGACAGGUGUGGACAAUUCCCCUUGCACGCACUUCACGCUCUCAACAUUCAGCGGGCAGGCCGAGUGCAAAAUCUUUGAGGUGGCUGCCGAAAACUUUUCAUACAGACACGUACACACCUGCUGGUGAUCGAUUAUUGUAUGUAGAUAUAUCCCGGCGACUCUGUCUCACGGGCGAGCGAGGCAGGGGCUAUCAGCGGGCGGGCCGGAUGCACGGCGAUCGAGCAGGCGUCCACCAGCGAGCCGUGUCUCCCCUAUUGCCACACACAGACACUGAUCGCUCCUGACUACUCGUACAACGAUGCACAGGUACACACACUUAUGCAUGUAUUGUUCAGACAUCCGGCCGGCUGUGUGCGUGAGUGAUCAGAACGUGGUGGUCGAGUCGAUUCUGCUCUAUCCUCAAUCGGCGAUGGGUUGCUUUGCUUUGUGCUACCUACACAACGACUGUCAGUACAUGAACUUCAUACACGGUGAGCGAAAAACCACCAACGAGGCGGACAGAAGACAGACUUCUCGCUUCAGAGACGCGGGAGUGUCACCUAUUGAAGAAGCAGACAGGCGUGUCGGUGACACUUGGAGAGGCCAAGGGCAGCAUCGCCGGCUGCCUGAGCAUCUGGUGCAGACGUAAGCAUGCAUACAACACAUAUAUGCGUUGUGGUGGUUCCGUAAAUGUGGGAUUCAUUCACCAGCGCUGAUAAACAAACAUCGUGGCGGGACCGAUAUCGACGCAUCAUCUUGGCGGCCGUUAGUCAAUAUGGUCGUCAACAGCAACGCCCUGCCUGAGUCAGCUAGCAUCAUAAAAGCAGAAUACGCAAAGACUAUUUCCCUGAUGUCUCCUCUUUCCUCUCAGGUUCUCUCUCUUUCCCAAUCACUCCUUCGGCGCGCCAAUUUCAGAGGCGACAAGCACCGCAAAUGUAGACCCAAAGACAAGAAUGUGCUCACAUGUAGACCUCAAGAGAACACUCACUCACAUGUCUCUGUAUAUGCGUAGAUGGUGACGGGUGCUUCGGAGACGUUCUGGCAAGGUUCCUCGGUCGACGGCUCAUCAGACUACUUCACGAUCACCUUCAGCCAAAGCAGAUACAUUAGUGUGUAUGGGAGGGAAAGGGGGGCAUAGCAAUUCCCACAACGCAUUUGCAUGUGACAUGUCAGGUGGCAUCGAGCUGGGUUUCGACAAGUACGGCAAGGACAUCAUGCAGCCGUAUCUGCUGGCAGAGGACAGGACACCGCGCGUGAUCAGAGUCGAGUACAGCGACGAGCUGAACGCGAUGCAGGAGAUAGUCAACGUGCAGCACAACGACCAGGUGACGACACAAAGAUACGUUGUUGUGCAUAUACAUGCGAAGGACAUGUGCUGUGCAUGUGUACAGGUCACCUUGCGUGUGCGGUUCCCAUACGUGUUGACCACAAAACUCACUGUCUACCUGGAAGACACCCACGGCGGCCUCCCUGUGCAAGUAUACUCCAUUCGCGUGAUGGGGUCGCACAAGGGUGAGCAUGGCUUGAUCUCUGCCACGCCCCAUCCAUGGGUUGCUUGAUGUAUGUACAUUUUUUGGGUGUAUGUAGUGUUCUUCCUGACAAGGCAGAAUGGCGACUGCAGUGGCGAUCGGACGCCCCUUGGCACGGGGAUGUCUGCUGACCAGUGCAGAGACAGGUAUUCACCCAACACGCCAAAGUGACGCAGGGACACACAUCUAUGUCUCUGCGUCUUGUGUAGCUGCGCCGCCUCUCCGCUGUGCUUUUGUGCCGUCACUGACGAAUCUUCCGGACCAGCAGGCAAGUGUUGAUAUUAUGUCACAUGUCCAGCUCAAGCGUUUAUGCGAACCCUCUCUUCUCUUUUGCCAGGCGACUGUGUAGCCACGAGGGGCACAGGCGUGACUACACGGACCAGCUUCGUCUCGCAGAUCAAACAAAUCCCGUGUAGGCCACGUGUGUAUGAAGUAUAACACAUUGAAUGCGAUGUGUGUCCAUAUGUUAUAGUCGAGGCCGCGAUGAGUAUCGACAUGGUGACGGUUAGUGGCCAGCGCGCGUUGGUGACGGGAGAUCAGAGCACUCACUCGUCGGUCUUCGUGUACGCGGCCACAUAUGACCAGCACAGCUGUCCCACGUUGGGGCCAGGUAAGCGACCAGAGACAGUGCGUCAAUGCACGUCUAUGUAUUUUCGUAGAGGCAAAUGCAACAUCUCCUGGGACGGGCCAAACGGUCGAAGUCGAGACGGCCACCCACUAUGGCACCCACACGGGUGUGUUCACAGACACUCUAGAGAGCUUCCAUGCAUAUCAUAUGUGCUUUUCUGGUUUGUCUGUAGCGUAUGUCAGCUGUCCUGACCGAAAGAUGGCCUUUGCGCGGUGCCUGAUGACCGCCGAUGUGAGCCAGGCUGCCUGCGAGGCCCUGGGGUGCUGUUGGGACCAGGAGUACUCAGAAUGCUAUUCUGUCGACCCGAGUGAGUGAGCGAUUGGUCUCAUGAGCGCACAUGGCAUGAUAUGCGUGUGGGCGAGCAUGCAGCAUGGGACGUGAGUGGUCAGUAUGUCGAGUCACUUUCGACCUCCCCACAGCCGAUCGCGACGCUCGCGUACGACGAGGCAACCAUGGUGCGACAACGAGGAAAGGAGGGAGGCACGUGAUUGUCCGUCAAUAUAUGCACCUACUCCAGACAUUCAUGUACACACUGGAUGCUACUACAGCAACACUUGUGCCUAGGGGCAUUGUGGUGAGCCAAGACAAACCACCAGACACACAUAGGCGAUUUCCAUGUGUCUUGAUGGUCUGCAGGUUUCCGACCAGCCAUCAGCCGGAGAGGGAGACGACGGAUGCGCCUAUAUUUUGAUGGAAUUCGCAUCCGGGGAUUUCCUCAAGUGUGCACGCACACAAACACGGAGGGACACGCGAAUCUGCAUAUACACGCACACGAUGCACACGGACUGCAAUCCUAUCAGGGUCUACCAAGGCGGUUUUGUCAUCGUCCCAGCAAAUGCCCACUUCACACGCAUCAGUGGCACAAGUGGGUGAAUCAGACACACACACACACACACACACAUCCACCGCUCCCAUUGCAUCUGCAGGUACGGCCACGCACGUCGAGAUGGGCCGUGAGGAAAGGGUCUACGAGUCGAGUGACGAAGACAUCACUGUCACGCAGACCUUCACCGAGCCGAUCGUUCUCCUGGGAAUCCAUUUUUCACAAGUACACAGCAGAAAAUGACACAGGCGAGGGAUUUCUCGUGUGUGUC